AUGGGUCUCGGGUCCUGUGAGCUAUGCCGACGACUAUGUGGCAUCGAGGACCUAGGCGUCGUUGCAGCACGCGGCGCUGUCGCCGCCGAAGACGAGGGCCUUGGUGCGACAGCAACACAGAUUACGGCGCGCAGGGGCAGACAGGAAGCUGCCAACAACGAAGGCGCGCGACCAGUUGAAGACAUCAGUAUCGAAGACGACAAUGUUGGGCCUUACGAGCAUCGUGGGCAGCUUGGGAAAGCCUCAUUACGCGCUAUUCCCGUUUUCCCCGAGCGAAGAGCUACGUCGAUCCUGGUUUCACGCGAGACGGCGAAAGCAGGCGUGGACGUUCUAGCUAGGAGACGUGCCGGACUUGAUGAGUUAGGCCUGCUCCGUCUAAACCCGGAAUCCAGACGCGGCGCAUAUGAAACAAAUCGCAAGCAAGCAACUUCCUCAGGUUGA